AUGGCUGCUGGAGGCAAUGGGUGUGAGAUGGGGCCCACCCCAAUUCUGCCCCCCAGGCCUGCCAAGCAGGGAUCCUUCUGCUGGGCCAGGCUGUGGGCAACCAGCAGAGGUUCUGAGAGGCGGAGUCUCAGCCUGGAGGAAGUCUCAGCUGGGAGAGGAGGGACAGAAGACGACAAUGUCAAGGCCUUGGGAGGGGAGCCUGAAGCAGAGAAAGGAAUUGGGGCCUGGUCUCCCCAUGACAGAGUUCAUCAGGGUCCAGGAUCUGCCCUGUCUUGGCAUCGCCUGGCCAGGCCAUGGCUCAGAUCCUACUGCACUCCAGGACUAUGCCAAUAUUUGGCCAUGCUCCUACCAGCCAGUCACCUCCUCUCUCUCCUGCUGGUGCUAGGCACAGGUGGCACGGUGCCCAGCCCCUGGGUGCCUCCUCAGGGCUGCUACGUGGCAGAAGAAGCUGGUGAGAGGACAUUCCGCUGCAGCCAGGCAGGCCUGAGUGCUGUGCCCACCGGCAUCCCCAACGACACCCGCAAGCUCUACCUGGAUGCCAACCAGCUGGCAUCAGUGCCAGCUGGAGCCUUCCAGCACCUGCCUGUCCUGGAGGAGCUGGAUCUGUCCCAUAAUGCCCUUGUCCACCUCUCAGGGGCUGCUUUCCAGGGCCUGGCAGGCAGUCUGCGCCACCUUGACCUCUCUGCCAACCAGCUGGCCUCGGUGCCUGUGGAGGCCUUCGUGGGCCUGAAGAUCCAAGUGAAUCUAUCCGCCAACCCAUGGCGCUGUGACUGUGCCCUCCAGGAGGUGCUCAGGCAGGUGAGGCUGGCACCGGACACUGGAACAGGCAUCGUGUGUGGCCCCGGAGCCCGACCAGACCUCGUGGGGCAAGAGUUCCUGCCGCUGGCAGGGGAGGAAGAGCUGUGUGGGACGGGGCGGGGUGGGGCCCAGCGGAGCACUGAUGUAGCCCUGCUGGUCACCAUGGGGGGCUGGCUGGUGCUCGUGGUGGCUUAUCUGGCGCACUACGUGUGGCAGAACCGGGAUGAGACUCGACGUCCCCUCAAGCCGGCCCCCGUGCUGCCCGUGCGCUCUGAGGACUCCUCUACCCUCAGCACAGUGGUCUGAGGACCAGGGCCACUCCUCCAGCCCCAUGCCCCACACUCCUACCACCGUGCCCUCUCUUUUCCUCUAACCCUCUGCCUCCUCUACAGCCCCCCAUCCCCCAAAUUCCUCCCCACUUCCUCCUCUGUCUCCCCUAAACACCU